GCCUCUGACUGGUGCUCAUCCAGCGAGCUCGUGAUGCUGUGGGUCUGGGAGGGCAGUAGAAAGGUGUUUAAAGUGUAAGCGAUCCCAGCACUUGGGAGGCAGGAGGAUCAGUGUGACUUUAAUGCCAGCCUGGGCUACACAGACCUUGUCUCAGAAAAAGAUGUGAAGGCUCCAGGUGCUUGCCCACAGCGCCGAGUCCCUGAGAAUCAUGGGGCCCUGGGUUGAGCUGCGAGCUCUGUUAGGCGGACUUUCCUUCCUCCUGCUGCUGCUGUCAGGCCAGGGGGCCAAGGGUGGAUCCCUCCAGGAGAGACAGGGGGUCUGCUCCAAGCAGACGGUGGUGGUCCCACUCCGCUACAACGAGUCCUACAGCCAGCCAGUGUACAAGCCCUACCUGACCCUGUGCGCUGGGAGGCGCAUCUGCAGCACCUACAGGACCACGUACCGCGUGGCCUGGCGGGAGGUGAGGCGCGAGGUGCGGCAGACCCAUGCCGUGUGCUGCCAGGGCUGGAAGAAGCGACACCCGGGGGCGCUCACCUGUGAAGCCGUCUGUGCCAAGCCCUGCCAGAACGGAGGCGUCUGCGUGGGGCCGAGCCAGUGCGAGUGCGCGGCAGGCUGGGGCGGGAGGCACUGCCACGUGGACGUGGAUGAGUGCAGGGCCGGAAUCGCCCUGUGCUCGCACCGCUGUCUCAACACUGCGGGCAGCUUCACCUGCAGCUGCCCUCAAGGUCAAGUGCUGGGUCCCGAAGGGCUGACCUGCACCGAGCGCGCCCCGGGGCGCCCCACCAGCGCCAGCAUCCUCAGUGUGGCAGUCCGGGAAGCCGAGGAGGAAGGCGAGGAGAGAGCCCUGAGGCGGGAGGUUGGUGAGCUGCGAGGGCGCCUGGAGCGGCUGGAGCUGUGGGCCAGCCAGGCUGGGGCCUGGGUUCGCGCCGUGCUGCCCAUACCGCCCGAGGAGCUGCAGCCUGAGCAGGUGGCAGAGCUGUGGGCCCGGGCCGACAGGAUUGAGUCUCUCAGCGACCAGGUGCUGCUGCUGGAAGAGAGGCUGGGUGCCUGUGAGUCCCGCCGCCCCACUCCCGGCCUUCCCUGGGCUUCAUCUCACUGAGCGCAGCCCCAUCUCACGGACUCGUGGGUGAGGGCGGCCUGCAGAUGGCACAGCCGCCAUGCCUGCCCUCUCAUCAAUCAGGCUCCUGUGAGGACAACAGCCUGGGUACUGGCCUCAACCCCGGAUAAGAAGCCUCCGUAGCCUCUCCCCUAAUUUAUACAGAAACCAUCGACUAAUUUCCUGGGACUGGCCAAGCAGCUGCAGACGAAGCCAUCCAGAUGGAGGGACAAGGAGCCACGCACGGCAAUACUGGCAGCCAGCCUGCUGCCCGGGCGGGCUGCUGGGCCGGGUCUGCUUGUCUAGCGCCUUAACAAACUCAGCCAGAAGACACCCACCUUUCUCUCUCUUUAUUCUCAGCGGCUUGCUGUUAUCCAGACAAUUAAUAAAAACCAACCACGUGAAACUGGGUUCCCCCUCUCCUUGCAGUCCCAGCCACCUCCCGGGUCAUGGGAACAGGUCUGGAGGGGGGAAGGGAGCAGCCAAUGCCACUUCCGGAAAUGAAGAGCUCUCAGAGGGGAAGCCUCA